GGCAGAUGCAGACAAUGAUGUCGAUGAUAUGCCAGAACUCACUGUCAGAUUCCAAGGAGAUGAUGACUAUGAAUCAGACGACGAUUCGGGUGAUGAAGGCGAUGAAGAGGAAGAACCUAUUGUGGCCAAUUUGGAUCACCAUCAAGAAAAUGUCGAUAGAGGAACCGAUGAUAUUGGAAGCCUCCUUACUGAUCUGGAGGACCUACAAGAGCCACCAGAAAAAGAGAUUGUAUUUGAGCCUGAAACGCCUCAAGUAGCAAAAGUCACUCAAUCUGGGCAAACGUAUGCGCAAGCUACAAUGUCAGGGCUGAACCUUUCCCAAGUUCCAAAGAGACCAAGACGACGUGCCCUCCGCGUCUAG